UGUUGCAACUUUGCGUCCCCCUUUUUUCCUAACCGUCACUUGGCUGAAGAGCAGGAGGAACCAGGCAAGAUCCACACGCUGCUGAGACCCAUGUGUUUCUCGGGAAGGUGCUCAAGCCUUCCCCCAUCUUCCACUGAGCAGCUCUUCUGAGAUCACCCAAAGCUCACCAUGGAUCUGCUGGAAGAACCUGACUCAUAGAUGUUCCCAGCACCAGAAAACCCCACGUGCAGCAUUUUCAAAGCUGCUGAAGAACACCAGGUUGACCCUACACUAGUUGUCCAGCUUCUACCCAGACUCUUGCAGAUGGAUGAAGGGAUGGCACCCGCGGGGACCGAGGCCACCGCGGCCCGCUGGUGAGGUGCUCACCAACCCAACCCGAGCCCCCAGCCUGGACCAGGAUGAACAAACUGACCUUCCACAACAACAGAGUCAUGCAGGACCGCCGCAGCGUUUGCAUCUUCCUCCCCAACGACGACUCCCUCAACAUCAUCAUCAAUGUGAAGAUUUUGUGCCAUGAGUUACUGGUGCAGGUGUGUGACCUCCUGAGACUGAAGGACUGUCACCUCUUUGGGCUCAGCGUCAUCCAGAACAAUGAGCACGUCUACAUGGACCUGGCCCAGAAACUCUACAAGUAUUGCCCCAAGGAGUGGAAGAAGGAGGCCAGCAAGGUCAGCGGUGAGGUCUUGCAUGGAGAGCUGACGGCACUAAGGCCACUUCUGUCCCCGUCGCAGGGGAUCGACCAGUUUGGCCCCCCCAUGAUCAUCCACUUCCGAGUGCAGUACUACGUGGAGAACGGCAGGCUGAUCAGUGACCGGACCGCACGUUACUACUACUACUGGCACCUGCGGAAGCAAGUGCUGCACUCGCAGUGUGUGCUGCGCGAGGAGGCGUAUUUCCUCCUCACCGCCUUCGCCCUCCAAGCCGACCUGGGCGACUUCAAACGUAACAAGCACUAUGGGAAGUACUUCGAGCCCGAAGCCUAUUUCCCUGCCUGGGUGGUUGCCAAGAGGGGCAAGGACUACAUCCUGAAGCACGUCCCCAACAUGCACAAAGACCAGUUUGCACUGACAGCAUCCGAAGCCCAUCUCAAGUACAUCAAGGAGGCCGUGCGGCUGGACGACGUGGCCGUGCACUACUACAGGUUGUACAAGGACAAAAGGGAGGUGGAAGCCUCCCUGACACUGGGACUGACGACACGGGGCAUCCAGAUCUUCCAGAACCUGGAUGAAGAAAAGCAGCUGCUCUAUGACUUCCCCUGGACCAACGUGGGGAAACUGGUGUUUGUGGGCAAGAAGUUUGAGAUCCUGCCAGACGGGCUGCCCUCAGCCAGGAAGCUCAUCUACUACACGGGCUGCCCGCUCCGCUCCCGCCACCUCCUGCAGCUUCUGAGCAGCAGCCACCGGCUCUACAUGAACCUACAGCCCGUCCUGCGCCAGGUCCGCAAGCUGGAGGAGAAUGAGGAGAAGAAGCAGUACCGCGAGUCCUACAUCAGUGACACCCUGGACCUGGACAUGGAGCAGCUGGAGAAGCGCUCGCGCGCCAGCGGCAGCAGCGCUGGCAGCAUCCGGCACAAGCGCCUGUCCCGGCACUCCACUGCCAGCCACAGCAGCUCCCACACCUCGGGCAUUGAGACCGACCCCAAACCCAGGGAGAUGGGACCCGAGGACGGCUUCUCAAGUGCUGGUGCCCACCGCAAGCUGAAGACCUGCAGCUCCAUGACCAGCCAUGGCAGCUCCCACACCUCCGGGGUGGAGAGCGGGGGGAAGGACCGGCUGGAGGAGGAUUCCCAGGAUGAUGAAAUCGAGAUGCUAGUGGAUGACCCCCGGGAGCUGGAGCAGGCUGGCGAGAUGGAGGUGAGCCCUGACAUGUGCGUCUACAUCACCGAAGACAUGCUGCUGUCCCGCAAGUUCAAUGGGCACUCGGGGCUUAUCGUGAAGGAGAUCAGCUCCUCCACCUCCAGCUCCUCAGAGACAGUGGUGAAGCUGCGGGGACAAAGCACUGACUCCUUACCCCAGACAACAUGCCGGAAACCCAAGACAUCAACGGACCGACACAGCCUGAGCCUGGAUGACAUUCGGCUCUACCAGAAGGACUUCUUGCAGUUGGCCAACCUCUGCCAGGACACAGCCCAGAGUUUCACCUUCGGCUGCGCCCACGGGCUGGAGGAGGACGGGCUCUACUGCAAUGGCUGCUUGGCCCAGCAGUGCAUCAACAUCCAGGAGACCUUUCCCAGCAAAAGAACCAGCAAAUACUUCUCGUUGGAUCUCACCCAUGAUGAAGUCCCUGAAUUCGUCGUCUGAGUGCCGUGGGGGGCAGGACUGGCUGCCCGUACUUGGCAUGGGACACUGGGGCUCCCUGCCUGGCACAGGGGGACAUCAAUUCCAUCAUUUCCCGCAUCGCUCUCUGCAAACCACUGCGCCCGGAGGAUCAGCACAACGGCGGGUGGGAUGGAGACCCCUGGGCAUGGUCUCACCAUUGGUCCCCCAGUGUCCUUUCCCCUCCGGAUGAUUUUGGGCAAAACACAAGUUGUCUUAUACCACCUGGGAGAAGCACGACUCGGAGCUGGCAGAAGCCAAUCAGUGUCUUCUCGUUGCCUCGUAGCGAGGUGGCUUCUUCUCCUCCCUGUCCCCAUCCUCAGCAUGAUGCUGAUGGCUCCGCCAGUGGCUUUAGUGACAAUGGACGUUGGAGAGAAAAGUGCCAGACUGUUGUGUUUCAAAGUCAAGCCAAAGAAAUGUAAAUACCCUAAAGGCCAGUAUGGGAAGGCAGAAUUAAGCAAUAACCAGCUGGGGAGCUCCAGACACAGAUCAUGAACCCUGGAGGCUGCUGGGGCUGAGCAUCAACCCAGUUCUUCCAGAAACAUGUGCUGGGGCUGAGCAUCAACCCAGUUCUUCCAGAAACAUGUGCUGGAGGUCAGGCUGGAGUGGUCUUUUUUUUUUCUUUUUUCUUUUUUUUUAGCAAAAAAAACCCCACCCAAGCAAACCAAAAGCAAAUGAAAAUGGAAAAGAACAGGUCACCUGUAAGGAUAUUGCAAUAAUGCAUCCCAAACUUUGAACAGCUAGAGAUUACAUAUAUAAAUAGAUCGAGGUAUGUAUGUUUAUAUAUGUCUGGAUCUUAUAGACCCAUUCUCAUUUUUACUUCUGCUCUAAAAUACCUUUUAUACAAAGGAUCUGCCUCUCUUCUUUAAUGAACCGUAUAAACAAUCAUAUUUUUUUCUAAGCACUAAGGAGAGAAAAUAGACUUUGCUCUCGAGAAGAAUCGGUAUGCAACUGCCUUGUAAGUGUGGCUCUUCCCAGUGCAGUCUCCGUUGUAUUUUACCAAGGCUUUUCAUGUGUCUUUAACUCUCUUACACUUUGAAUAAUUCUGCUAAAGGAUGAUGGUGAUGUGCUAGAAAAACUUGGGGGUGGCUUCUGAGCGUGUCCUAGGGAAGCUUAACCUGCCCAGGUGUAACAUUGACCAUCGGUACCAGAGGGUAAAGCAUUGCAGCAGCUAAUAUUCAUAGCACAAUGCCUUUUUAGUCGAUAUUUUUAAUUAGAAUUUAGCGAUUGACAGCCAAAGUUUUGCCAUAUUUUGAUAUACCACCUUUUUUUUAACUGGAAGCUUUUCUUAAAAAAAAAUAUUUUAUAAAUAAGCACAAUCUUAUUUUUAUAAGAAAUGUUGGGCGAACGAGCUGAGAAGGGGGAACUGGUACCAAAAGAAGAGGAGUGUAGCUAUUGGCACAGUGCAAAAAAAAACCAAACAAAUGGGUGUUGUUGCCGUAGGGAGGCUGGCACGAGCGAUAUUAUGGGAAAAUGAGGUAGACAGCCAAAUGCUGGCAAGGGGAGCAGGACAAUGGUGGCCAAGUAGCCACCCAGGACCACUAGCUGCCGAGGAAACCUGCCCAGGGCAGCUGGGGUGAUGCUGCCCAGGGGGCUCAGGGCUAUGUGCCCCGCUCUGGUUUGGGGAGACCACAGCAAGCACCCCAAAAACCUCUCCAGUGGGCAGCACAUCCCAGAGUGGGAUGUCGGGGUGCGCUAGUAGCCCUGCCACUCCAGACCCGCUUCCAUGGCUGGGUUUGCGGUGUGUGGGGGUUGAGUGUGUGCACCAGCAUCUGUGCUGGAACGUGGCAGGAAAAUCCCCUAAAUCCAUCCCCGGCCUCUGUUUUUUCCCCCUUUGCCAGCGCCUGUGAGGUGGGGGCUCUGCAGCACCCAGCUGGGGGUUCCCACUGGCAACCACUCUACUGGGGUCUCUCCAUGGGACCCUCAUCCUGCUGCUCUGCACGAACAUAUAGUUGGAGUAAAUUGAGGGUUAAUGGAAUAAAUAAAUGCUCAGUGCAGUUUGGAAAGCAUUGGGGGGGGUGCAGCUAGACCGUUUCUUCCCCCUCCCCACCCCCCCAUUAUUCUGCAGCCAAACCCAGACCGAAGCUUCCCAGCCAGUGGGGCUGGAGCGAUGCUGGGGGCUGCGAUGGAACAAGGGGGAGUGGAGUGAAGCUGGUCGAGCUGACCGAGCCGUGCCGGGGAGCAGGGGGGACACAGAAGUGCCAUUUAUUCCACAGGUGGCUGUGCGGGGUCCUGGAGGACACAGGGUGGCCGUACCCGCCUGCCCUUCGUGCUGCUUCCCCCCCGCAAUAAUGAGCUAUUAUCUGUCUGCACGAACGAAAUAGUCCUUUCUGUGAAAGGAUCUUCCCAUCGGGGGUGAUGGGAGAGCCAGUGACUGUGUUGCGAAAGAAAAAAAAAAAACAAACAAAAAACCACAAGGAAAACUAUACAAAAACCCCUCAGCAAAAUGAUUUUGUACCAAUGAAGUUUAUUGUGUGCCUUUUGCAGUACAGCUGGAAAUGAGAAUAAAGUGACAGUUGUUUGCA